UUUUGAUCCAAACUAAACACCAUACUUUGAUAACGUUUUGCCCUUGCAAAAAGGAUGUCUACUAACGGACGACACGCACACUCUCCCCCAUUCACCUCAUUGUCAAAAAGAAAAUACUUCCCGUAGUUUCCAGAUUUUUGUGACGCGAUUCGUAUAGCUUCUUGUUUCUGUGCAUAUGGUCUAUAGGAGUGCUCACUUUCUUUGCAAGUAUAAACUGUGAAUAGUAGUUUCUGUUAGUCCAAACAUCAAAUCCGUUUACAUAUAAAUCAAACGGUAUGUGAUAUUCCAAACAUUAUGAUCAAGAUGACAGUAUUUAUUGGCAGACAUCUGUACGAAAGUGGCAGGUCAUGCAGUGAACUAUUACAAUGAGACCGAAACAAUUCUGAAGAAAAAACCUGCUUAUUAUUGAGGUCUCAAUAUCUAUUGACACAAUUAAGAUGAUCCUAAGCUGAGAUACUACAUUACAAGACUGACGGAGUUUUAAACAAAAUACAUUAGGCAAAAGAAUUAAUUUCAGAUGAAGGAGAUUCUCUAUUUUAAAUUAGUCCUAUAUAUUUUUUUAUGAAAUGAAAGAAAUAUGAAGCGUACACGAAUUCGACUAUGAGGCAUCAAAAAAUAAACACUAGAAAAAUUAAUAAUUGUGUAUGAAUCAUAGAACAAAUAUUUCAGUGAUUACAAUGUUUCUUUCCUUCACAAAUAUUGACUUCAUGAUACAGUGUUGUCACAGAUAGAGCGUUUGAAAUGAGUAUCCUAACUCUACAGAUUGUUGUUACUGUGUGUUUAGUGUCUUUAAUGUGUGCCUUACAAACACAGAGGAAAUAUUACUGGACUAUUACAAGGCACAAUACUAAAGAAACGAAACAAUUUCAACGACACAUUAGCAGCAUAUAUCCAAAGAAAAAAUUCACUUCUGAAGAGGUACCGUACAAUAAAAGGGAAAAUAAACCAUUGCAUGAAUACAGUUCAACCUCUGAAUCGCCCCAAUACGAGGUCAUCAACGAUCGCUCAACCGUCUGGCUCAGACGGGUUCGGUUACUCGGGGUAACGGAAACUCUAUCCUCCAGACAACCAGAGCGGGUAUGGCCCAAGCCUGACCUAGGAAUAACAUAUCGUGAAAGAAAACGUGCCCUAACCAACAUAAAUAGAUUAGAUCUACAGCGACAAUCUCCUAACAGCCAUUCAGAUGGAAAUUCGAUGAGUAAGCAUUUACUAAAUCUUAGCAAAGCAAAUCUAGUUCAACUCAAGAAUAUCGAGCAAACACGAAAAUAUCGCUCUAACAAUGCAAUAAAAAUGGGGAAGCUAAAAGGGAAACGACGAUCAGAAGUGAGAGAUGACCCCAACUUUAAAGUAAGACAUAAUCUCCAUGGGAGGAGACCUUGUUCCUAUCACAACAAGGACGACACAGAUGCAGCAUCAGAGGCUACUCCACGUACUGCUUUAGUUAGCAAGUUCUCUAGAUAUAUUUUUGUAAAGGAUAAUAAAAUGAGAAAGAAUGCUUACAUAAGCGGAUUGAAUUCGUUACAUGGAUACCAGAAUAACAAGACUAAACCCGCUCAUGUGUUUAUGAAAAGUAAUUCAUUUUUACAACCAUCUACGCCCUCGUCACAUUCCGACAAUAUAUUUAAUAAACACUUACAAAAGACAUCAAUACUCAAUCAAGACAAUUUAGUAGUAGAGCAAAGUAUUCUGGCUGCUAGUGUCACAGACAAAUACAUGGCUAUACAUAGACUUUUAUCCGAUCAGUUGAACACUAGUGGACUUAAUGACUUGAUGGUUUUCCUAAAUGUACAUUUCUUGAAGAAGAAUUUCAAUUCUUUGGACAAUCUCGAGUCUAGAGUCUUGAACAUUAGACGCCCAUCGACUAAAAUUCCUGACAAUAAAUUAUCUUUUCAGCCAGUGGAAAGUUUUCAUGAUGAAAUAAACAUGAGCGAUGAGACGCCAUCAAUAAAUGAUCAAAUAAAACUUAGUGCUCACACGGGCCCAUACAAUGUACAAAACCAACAAAUCAAAGCUAUAGAUCAAUUCGAUAUUGGAGAUUUACUAAAACGACAAAAGAAUCCAUUUCAAGGAAAUCAUUUAGAUGGCAUACAGUUUGACAGAGUUGACCAUCUACAUGAAGAAAUAAGCGCUGGUAAUAAAGUAGACGAUACUGCUCAAUCUAAAAUGCAAGAUGCUCUAAAAGAAGCUUCAGCUUCUUCGCUGUAUAUCUUGUUGACAUUAGAAAGAGUCAGUCUUAAAAAUCUUACAACAAAACUAAGCCAAAAUAAAGAGUGGAAAUUUUACAAAUGGACAAAUUCUCAGUUUGCGAAAAGGUUAUUUGCAACAAGUUCACGUAGACAACUGGUUGGACUUAUAUCAAAUGAAAAGACACGAGAUUUGAAAAAUGCAAAUUUAAACAGAAGACCAAUAAACAAUAGAACCAAGGGAAAUAAAUUACGAUUGAGAACUGAACAUUUUUUUGAUCAAGAUGGCCAUAAAUUAUUUUUAGAUCCUUGGAAUGUAGGAGGCGCAAACAUUUCACCUUCUUCAAUUUUUUUAGUUUCAAAAAGUGCUGGAUCGAAGACAGUGAAAGAAUUGUCAGUGAGAAGAAGCGAUGUAAAAAGAACCGCCUCAUUGUCAUAUCGAAGGAAAAUUGAAUUGAAAUUGACUACUUUAGGAAGAACCAAUCGUUUGGAAAAAUCACCGGAAAUUCUUGCUUCCAGACACAACACAAAACCAGACAGAGAGACGCGAGCGACAGUCACAAAGCUUUCUAAUGCAUUUGUUUAUGUUCCAAGGUUGACGUCUCUUGUAAAUAGGCAUGAAAAAGAUUUAAGGAUUGUCGGUCUUAAGCAUAAAAAAAACAAAAAAUUAUUUCUCCCUAAAAGUAAUAAAAUUCAAAGGCAUUCUAGAGAGUAUAUCUACAACACAAAAAACACAGUCACAUGGAAUAAAGAUGGUGUGUUUAAUGACAUUAAUUUUUCCAGUAUUCAGCUAAGAACUACUGGAGAGAAUAAAAAAGCUGACAACAUUGACAAAAAUGGACAUCCUAAGGCAUUUAAUGACCACAAAAUAGUUGACACGAGAACGGAUUUAGAGAGAGUCAAUAGUAAUGAAAGAUCUGUUGAUAGCAAUAUGUGGGGGCGAUUCUAUCAAAGCAAGCCAGGAAUGGUGAUAGCAAAUGUAUCUUUAAAUAACCAACGUCGUUAUGAGCUUCAGAGAUUGGCGCUCAGAUCUUCAGCACAGAGUCAAUAUGUAAAUGCAACAUUUCGCAAAAAGAAUAUCGACAGCUCUGCCACUGUUAAAAGCCAGCUUCUGAACAAAAAUGAUCUUUCAAACAAAAGUCAACUUAACCAAUUGUCUUCCUUCUCAACCGUUACUCAGAACAACGGCAUGAGAGUAUUUUCUCCUGAUGUUUCUGGACACAAUAAACAAUAUAACUUUAAUAUUUUUUCUUUAUCUGGUAUUGAGCUUGAUAAAUUAAAAAACGUUAUAUCUUCAGUUGGAAUAGAACACAAUGAAAAAUUUAUUUCUUCAGCUGCUAAUGGACACAAAGGUCAAUAUAAAGAUAUUGCUUUAGCUAAUACAGCGCAUGUCAAUCUAAAUCAUGUUAUUACAUCAGUUGGUAUCGAAAACAAUGAGCACACUACAGUCGCUUCACUUGCAAAUACUAAACCAGAUGAACAAGCUAAAGUUAGGUCAAUAUUGCCUGAGUCAUUUAUGCUAGACGAGCUACAGGAGUCUGUUAUGUGUAAUUCUAUGAAAGAUCAAGCUUUGUGCCUAACACUGAGUCCACUCAGUGAUCCUCUUGUUCAGUCCCUUGAUUAUGGAUUAGUACAUGGUUAUAGUUCCUACGAAGAACUGUUCCACUUGAAAGAGGAGACGGUGAAAAACGGUAGUACUACAAAUGAGCGCCCCCGUGUCGCUAAUCUCACUAAACGAAUGAAACGUUCAGAAAGCUUACCAACUGAAAGCCCAUGGCAGGAUGUCACUCCAACUUUGACCACACCAACCGGUAGUGCUGAUACAUCUUCAACGAGUACUACGCAUACAUCUGCUGGAAACUUUCAACACAAAAAAGUUUCUCUUUUUAGAAUCAACCAACCGUCUCUGGACUUGACUCAUAUCAUGUACGUGCCAGAAAAUCAAAGUGUGCAUUCUCAUCAGCUCUCUCAUUUCCAUUGGAAGAAUGAAGCCAUUGAUCAACAAGGCAAACCAAUAAUUAAAAUAGGAGUCAUAUUGGUAGCCAAAAGCUCAGCUUUAUUUUCUCUAAACAAAAGCCGGUCAGCUAUAGAACUGGCAGGUGAGAAAAUCAUAUCUCCGACUGGAUCUUUACCUGGUUACAGUAUUCAAAUAGUCUUUAGAGACUCGGGUUGCUCUGAUACUCACGGACCUCUUGCAGGCAUAGAUUUGUAUAUGCUGAAAUUAGCCAAUGUUUAUAUAGGACCUAGCUGCGACUAUGCCUUAGCUCCACUAGCAAGAUUUACUCCAUUUUGGGGAGACGGAAUUCCAAUACUUACCGCUGGAGGAUUAGUUGGUGCAUUUGCUGACAAAAACACUUUCAAACUUCUUACAAGAAUGCAGGCAAGUCACACAAAAACCUCUCAGUUUGUGAUGUCCAUCUUCAUGGCCUUUGGCUGGUCUACUUUUGGUACAGUUUAUUACAAUGUCCCAUUAGGUACACGAAGGCCACAAUCAGAUUGUUCCUUUAUAAUCACAGAAAUCGUAACUAAUCUGGAGCCAGAGUUCAAACAUAAGCCUUGGUAUUAUCCUUUUGACGAGAAGAACAUGGACAAUAGUACUCUAGACACUGUGCUGCAUGAAAUACAACGGAAUUCUCGAAUCGUUGUGUUGUGUGCUAGCCCGAAUACUGUCAGGGAAAUUAUGAUCAAGGCUCACGAGCUGAAUUUUGAUAAUGGCGAGUACGUCUUCUUCAAUAUUGACUUAUUUAGUAGUAAAAAUGCCAGCGAAACGCCAUGGUACAGGGCUGAUGACACCGAAGAAAGAAACAUCAAAGCUAGAAGAGCUUAUGAAAGCUUAAUGACCGUCACAUUACGGACACCCACAAGCGCUGAAUAUAGGCACUUUUCCAAUGAAGUCAAGGCCAGGGCGUCUGAGAUGUUUCCGAAUUUUACUUACGGUGAAGAUGAGGUAAAUUCUUUUGUUGGAGCCUUUCAUGACGCUGUGUUGCUCUACGCAUUAGCUUUAAACGAGACUUUGGCUGAGAAUGGUUCUAUAUCAGAUGGACAUGCUAUAACCAAGAAAAUGUGGAAUAGAACAUUUGCAGGUAUAACUGGGGAUGUAAGUAUUGAUUCAAAUGGAGAUAGAAAUGCGGAUUAUUCUCUGUUGGAUCUUAACCCACAAACGAACAAGUUCGAGGUCGUCGCCAAUUAUUUUGGAAAUAAGAGAAUCUACGAACCAGUGCCGAAUAAAACUAUCCAUUGGGCUGGGGGUAGGUUGACUCCGCCUCCUGACACUCCGACUUGCGGUUUUGACGGCUCCAAGUGCCCUCCAGAAGAACCGUUUCCAGAAUAUGGUAUUGUCAUUAUAGUCUUGGGCUCCAUACUACUCAUUGUACUGAUUACUGUAUUCUUCAUUUACAGGCACAUCAAACUCGAAGCAGAACUCGCAGAAAUGAAUUGGAGAGUUCGGUGGGAGGACAUUCUCUUUGGUGCCCCUGAGAAAAAUAAAAAACUUGAAAGACAAGGAAGUCGGCUGAGCUUAAGGAAAGGUUCAUUGCCAAGCGAUUGUUCUGGUGACACUAUCGCAGUUCACUUAAAUGAUGCCGGUAACAGACAACUGUUUACAAGGACAGGUUAUUAUAAGGGAGCUAUUAUUGCUAUUAAACCUAUCCCAAGAUCUAACAUCACAAUAAAUAAGCCUAUGUUACUGGAGAUUAAGAGGAUGAAAGAUCUCCAAAACGACCAUAUAGUCAGGUUCAUCGGAGCUUGUAUUGAUUUCCCUAAUUCAUGUAUACUUACCGAAUAUUGUCCAAAAGGAAGUCUUCAGGACGUGCUAGAAAAUGAACAGAUCAAAUUGGACUGGAUGUUUAGAUAUUCUAUAAUGCAAGACAUUGUUCGGGGUAUGGCAUAUCUUCAAGGUACUGAAAUCAGAAGCCACGGCUAUUUAAAAAGCACUAAUUGUGUAGUAGACAGCAGAUUUGUAGUAAAAAUAACAGAUUUUGGACUACACCACUUACGAGGUGCCAUUAGGAAUAAUGAGGAAGAUGAGCACAGCUAUAGCUACUUUCACAAUAAGUUAUGGACAGCACCAGAACUUCUACGAAUGGCAUACAGGCCACCGGAAGGAACCAUCAAGGCUGAUGUCUAUAGUUUUGCUAUAAUAUGUCAAGAAAUUGUAUAUAGAAACGGUGUCUUUUACAUGCAAAAUUUGGAUUUAUCACCUCAAGAAAUUUACCAGAAAGUUAAAUUGGGAGCCAAGCCGUACUUUCGACCCACAUUAGAAGAGUAUGACUGUCCCUGUGAUGAGCUAGCCGGAGUUAUACGAAGAUGUUGGGCCGAAGAUCCAGCGGAUAGACCAGAUUUUCAAGCUUUAAAAUCAAUUAUAAGAAAAUUAAACAGAGAUGGAGAUAAAGGAAACAUUUUAGAUAAUCUUCUAUCUCGAAUGGAGCAAUAUGCCAACAACCUUGAAGCAUUAGUAGAAGAGAGAACCGCUGAUUACCUGCAGCAGAAAAAGAAAGCUGAAGAUUUGCUAUAUAACAUGUUGCCAAAGAAAGUAGCAUCACAAUUGAUUCGUGGUGAAUCUGUGACAGCUGAAUGGUAUGAUAGUGUCUCGAUUUACUUUAGUGACAUUUGUGGUUUUACUGCCAUGUCGGCUGAGAGUACUCCUAUGGAGGUGGUGGACCUGCUGAAUGACUUAUACACCACGUUUGAUUCUAUCAUCGAAAAUUUUGAUGUCUAUAAGGUAGAGACAAUAGGUGAUGCAUACAUGGUUGUAUCAGGUCUUCCUGAUCGAAAUGGCAUUCUACAUGCACGAGAGAUAGCAAGAAUGAGUCUCUCUUUGCUUAAAGCCACCUUAACAUUUCGCAUCCGCCAUAGGCCAAAAGACAGACUUAAAAUAAGAAUUGGCAUACAUACAGGCUCUGUCUGUGCUGGUGUUGUUGGUCUAAAAAUGCCAAGGUACUGUCUAUUUGGAGAUACUGUCAAUACUGCUUCCAGAAUGGAAUCCAACGGACUUCCUUUAAAAAUUCACGUCAGUCCUCAAUGUAAAGAUGUAUUGGACACUUUUGGUACUUUUGAACUUGAGCUCAGAGGAAAUGUAGAAAUGAAGGGUAAAGGCUCUGUAAAAACCUAUUGGCUUCACGGAGAGAAGACUUCAAGCGACAGUCCUGGAGUUUCCUUAAAUAUUUUAUGACAGGUGACAAAAGCAAGAGAAAUUUUGUAUAAAUGAAAUCUGAAAAAUGUAAAUGAAAAAAAGGUAAAUGGAAAAAAUGUAAAUGUGAGAAAAAAAAAUGUAAAUCUUUUUUGCUUUUUUACAUGACAAUGUCAUAAUUUGUCACAUAUGAAUAAUUGCAUAUUUUUUCCCAAUGAAAAAUAUUAAAUCAUACAUAAUAAAACAACUUUGUUUUUAGUAAAUCUAGUUUUUUGUGAUUAUUGUGUGUGUGCUUGAAUAAUAAUAUAAUUUUCAUUUUUUUUAAAGUUAUAUACUUUGUUUCAAUCAAUCAAUAUUGUUGAACUGACAUUUUAAAACGUAAUUAAAAGGCAUUAAAAAAAUCUUUUUUUUUUUUUAAGCCUGUGGAAUUUAGAGAUUCCUCUUUUUUCAGGACACAAAAAAGCUGGAAGAUCUGGAAUUAUGUUUCUAGUCAAUCUAGCUCAUUUUUUUAAUGUCAUUCAUUGUGUGCGUGCUAUUUUAUUUACAUUCAUAACUAAAAUUUUACAAUGAAAUAAUUGUAAUGAAAUAAACAAAAUCAAAUAAUUAUUGUUCAACUUUGUUUCUGAUUUUUAAAAAGUGGCUGGGAACAAUUUACGAUUUGUACAGUUUUCCACCAAAUAAAUUUGUCACAAUUUGUUCAGUGCAUAUAAAGGUAUUUCAUAUUUAACCUGCUUUUUAUUUUAGAAAAUGAAGCUAUUUGAAUAGGUUAUUUUAAAGAAAACAUUUUCAUUCCCAUUUACGUCUUUGAUGAACUAACUGCGAUCAUUCAAUUUGUGGCAUUU